AUGUUUAGAGAGGCGUUUGCUCUUGUUAAUGCCACCAGUGGCCAUCGAAGCCAACUGGAGCUGACAUGGCUGCUCUGCGUGGUUGCAUUCUCCAUGGCGUCCAUCUCCGUCAUCAUAUUUGCAUGCGGCAAAAGCAAGCAGAAACCUCAAGAAAAGAAGGAUCUUAGCAGUGGUGGCGGCGGCGGCGGCGUUGGAGGGCACAAUCUUGCUGGAGCCGGUGGAUUCUACGUAGACAGUGGCAGUUUUAGUGGGACUAGUAGUUGUGGCGGAGGCGGCGAAAGCAGCAUCAGCUGCGGCUGUGGUGGAAGUGGGGGCGGCGAUGGAGGUUGCAGCGGGUGUGGGGGCGGGGCAGGAGCAGCUGCUAAUUUGAAGAGCCGCGUGGAUGAAGACUUCGUGGAGAGCAGCGAAGAUGGAGUCAACGUCGUGGGCACAAGGCUGAGAACUUUGACUCAAACGUGGGAGCUUCAGUGGGAUUUUGGGCAGUUUGCUGGCGUUCGGUGGAGGGGAAACAAAAUGGAGGAAGCGAAUGUUGACUGGUGGAACAAGUUGGCGGAUGAAGGGCAGAACAGAAUGGAGGAGCAGCUGCUGGCGUCGGGGGGUCUUCGGUUGCCGAGAAUGAACGAAAAUGAAAGUGCAGGGAGAUGA